GAUCUCUGAUGAUGAUGAAAGGCCGACCAUAUUCAUCGAAUGCGAGAGAUCCUAGAGAAGACAUUUUUAUGUGAAAAACGGAAGUUUCGCUUGUGGAUUACUAGAUGAAAAUGGAUUUCUCUCACUCGUCUUACGCCCAAUUCAUGUGCAGAUUCUAGAAGACUCCAUGAGCAAAUCAAUGAUUAACCUCGUUCACUAAAGUCUUACCCCCCAAAAAUUAUCAAAAUGUAACUCCUAUACAUGAUAGAAUCUGACUUCAACAAAAUUUAAAAAUUUUAAACAGAUUUUGUAAUAAAAAUUAUUUUAUUACUAUAACAAAAAUGUUGAAAAUAUGAAAGUAUAUUUUCUUAUUUGCCAGCCUCGUCCAUCAGGGGACGAUAACAACAAUGCACGUAACCAAGGAUAUCCCGGAAAUAGACGCAAUGCACCUGUUCGCUUAUUGAUGCAAAAUCAACGUUUCCUCGAUGAAACCCGUCUCUAAUUAAAAGUUUUCGCGUUUUAGAGGUUGCUUUUCAAGACUUCCUCUUCAGGAAUAUUUUUUGUUCUUCACGUGAUCUUCAGGAUAUACCGUCGGUGUUGAACUAGCAGAAAUAAUGUCAUUCUUUAAUCUCACCGAAUUGGGAUACCAAUAUCCUAUACGCGCACAGGUGAAAGAGCCAAACCCGGUAUAUUCCUACCAUCUCGCCCACUCUGUACCGGAGGGAUCGUACGUAUCAUUCAGACCAGAAACUGCAAAACUUCCACCAAUUGGUAUGACCAAAUACAACAAAGUUAUUGAACCUGUAGAUCAUCCAGAACAUCAUGGAUCAUAUGUCAAAUACACCGAGAGAUUGCACAAACAUACACGAUGUGCAAAAGGUCCCAUUGAUAUAUACCGCAACCCUGUGACAACAGCUCAACUUCCCGGUUCCUGGUAUCAGAAAGAGGUCCCACUGAAGCAGAGAGAAUCCUGGACGUAUGUCCCCAGACAUGUAUGCGUCAGUAGCGAAAUGACAAAGUUUGUUAAGGAGAUGAGUCAAACCAACAGGGAAUUUUCACUCUUCUAAUCACAAAAUUGGAGCCAGCAAACUUCAAAAAAACUUUCAGUAAAGCCUUACUAUGGACAAUGUUUCUGACAUACUUGGUAUGCAUAAAUAAACCAACAGCCUUUGAACAAGACUGGAGUGAAGACGACUGAAGUGCAUUAAUGGUUUAAUGGACCUGUGUCAUUACAGGUCUGUAUCUCAUGAUGAAUGGAUUUCCAUGAUGGAUUCAAAUCAGUUACUUUUUGUAUUGAAAUAAGCCACUAACCUUUAAGAAAUAAACAUGAACAAAUGAGUCAUUUAAAUUUGAAGAUACAAAAAAAUAAUGCUCUUGAUUUCUCCUUAUUUUCUUUUUAAUUCAUUCAUCUAUUUUCCCAUAAGAUACUGAUUCUCUAAAGUCAUUGAAUUACAUUCUUGCCUUAAAUGGAGCACCUGCUUACUCUACACUUUGAAAAGAGUGUCCAAUUAAAAAAAAAGUUAAACCUUUAUAUUGAGUUCGAGUCUUUGGGAAUACAGGUUUGUUUUAUAUAUUUUUCCCAAAUUGUUUUAAAUUGUUUUUAUUGUGAUUUAAAUCAUGCACUUUCACUGCAAUGGCCUCAAGACCUUGAAGCCCUGCAGUUCCAGUUAUUUGUCCCACUCCUUGAAGAACAAGUAUAUGAUUUAUGUUAUACAUUAAAAUUGGCUGAAAGAUGUUUGCCCAUUUAAUUUUAUACCUGCAUUGGUGUUUCAGUUUGGACACAAGCGUGUACUGUAUAAUGCAUAAAUUGAGCACUUAUAUAAUUAUGGUUUACUUUGUUACAAUUAGAGGAGUAUUAUUAUCAUAACCAUUAGUGCCAUCCACCAAGUAUUGAUUAUCUUCAAACUAUACAACGAACAUAGAACCAAAGUUGUUUUCCUGUCAUUUUGUAUUCCCCAAAAAAGUAUUUCAAAGAUAAUUGUGUUUUGUCAGUCUUGUUUUGUCUUUGUUCAAACAAAAAUUAGUCAUUGGAACUAUCAUUUUGCAUAGGUUUGCACUUUAUAAUUGAUGACGAAAGAUUCUCACAAUUUCCUGUAAAUGGUUUAUAAAUGCUGAUCAGUACGGAAAGAUAUCUACAGAUCAGUAUAAUAAUCGCAUCGAAAAUUUGAAUUCCAAAUUCGAUGGCCACAACAAAAUUGUUUAAGUAAAUAUAAUGCCUUUGUCGCGAGAGGGCUCUGUUCGAAAAAUGCAUUGAGUGGAUUUCGUAUCUUCUUGCGCCUCACGGUAAGAGCUGAUAUGAGCAAUAACUUGGAUAUCAUAAUUUUGUCGUUCAAGUUAUCUGUUCUGUCGUUUUGAAAGCGGUAUGUAUUUUAAACGAAUCAUUAUUAUAAUAUUUGUAAUGGGUUUUUUUUACCUGUACAUAGCAUCCUGCAAAAUUAGAUAUUAUUACAUAAAAUUGAUAGUUGAUAAACUAUUUUUUUUGUCUUAUGAGACCGAAAUGGCAUCAUUUGCCGCGUCUUAUUUGUAACGUCGGAUGUCUCACAUUGAUUUAUAUGUUCGAUACGAUAAUAAUUAUAACUGCAAGACUUCAUUUUAUAUUUUUUUGCAAAGCCAAAUGUAAUUCAAUCAAUCAAACAGUGUUGUACAAGUAUGUGUUUGUCGAGGUAUGUAGUGUUUUGUAAUUAUUUACAUAAAUGAUAUUGAUCCAAAAUAA